AGGAAGGGGGUGGCUGGAAGUGUUUUAGUCAGAGCCUGGCAGACAGUUUGUUUUGACUGCUUGGAAAAAAUCCAGUUUUUGGUCUCUGGAUCGGUGGGACAGGGAGGCGAGGGUAAAGAUUGUUUCCCUGUCACCAUUCUAACAACCAACCAGCUCAAAAAUGUUCGUCUAGCUUUCAUUUUCAGCUUCAAAAAGUAGUGCAGAGCCGCUUGGAGUCAGAGAGAGGAAGCUUUUCUUGCUCCCGUUUCCUGACUUGCGCCUGAAGGAAUUUGCUGUUGUAUGCUUUGGUGUUACACGGACGGUUGCUAAAGAGAGGGAGGAAGAACAUCAGAGGUCAGCAAUAGAAGUGCCUUUGAGAAGACAACCCCAGCCUGAAGUUGGUUCACAGUCAUAGCUGGCCUAUGCUCUGUUUUUAAACCCAAACCCAGGAACCAACACAUGAUACCUCGACUGCAAACCUUCUGGGGCCACUUUGCACACAUUCAGCACCAAGAAUAUUGCAGAAACUUUUACCAGAAGAAGAAGAAACGGACAUAAAAGGAUGACCUAAUAAUGUCUCUCUGAAAUAACUUGUGGACCUAGCUUCUUUAAAAAAAAAAAAAAAAAAAAAGGACAAACACUGAAUUCAAACCUACAUGGUGUAUUAAUCUCCAGCAUUCAGUACGUCUGGUUUUAAACCGUGAGCUUGACAUUUAACGUUUAACUCUGUGGUGAAAACCUCUGAGACAUGGCGCUAAACAUGUCUUCAGUAAGAGACACCAAAUGGCUGACGCUGGAGGUCUGUCGCCAGUUUCAGCGGGGAAACUGUUCACGCAGUGAUGAGGAAUGCAAAUUUGCACAUCCACCCAAGAGCUGCCAGGUCGAAAAUGGGAGAGUCAUUGCCUGCUUUGACUCACUGAAGGGCAGAUGCUCAAGAGAAAACUGCAAGUAUCUCCAUCCUCCUUCUCACCUGAAGACCCAGCUAGAGAUAAAUGGACGCAACAACCUUAUCCAGCAGAAGACGGCGGCGGCAGUGCUUGCCCAGCAGAUGCAGAUGAUGAUCCCUGGACCGAGUAUGCAGCCUGUGGGACUUGGCACUAAUACCGGCCUGGGUUAUGGGUCAUACAUCACCCCUCUGAACCAUGGAAUGAGUCUCAUCCCCUCAGACCUCCUCUCCAGCACCCAAGUUCUCGUUCCUGGCAACUCAGCUGUCACGGUCCAGUGUUCCUCCUCCUCUUCCUCCUCGUCUUCUUCUUCUCCAUCACAGAAGCUGCAGCGUGCAGACAAAUUAGAGGUGUGCCGGGAGUUUCAGCGGGGCAGCUGCUCGAGAGGGGAGACAGAUUGCCGCUUUGCUCAUCCCAUUGACAGCCCGAUGAUUGACACCACCGAUAACACAGUCACUGUUUGCAUGGAUUACAUCAAGAGCCGCUGCUCCAGGGAGAAGUGCAAGUAUUUUCACCCGCCUGCACACUUGCAGGCCAAAAUCAAAUCCAGUCAACAGCAAGUCAGUCAGACGGGGGCGGCAGCCCAGGCCACAGCAGCAGCCAUGACUCAGUCGACCGCCAAAGCAAUGAAGCGACCCCUCGAGGCAGCUAUAGACCUGGCCUUUCCACCCAACGUCCUGCAGCCCCUACCAAAGAGACCAGCCCUAGAGAAGAGCAGCUGGGCCAGCUCUCUCCUUUCACCCAGUUUAUUGCACUACCAGCAAGCUUUGGCCAAUACACAAUUACAGCAGGCUACAGCUGCAUUUUACCCCACAGGUUCUGUCUUUUGCAUGACUCCUGCUAACAACAUUGAUCAUCCUCAAGUAACCAUCAGAAACCGAUGUCACUGCCACGCCGCAGCUGUUAAAGGUCCUGAACAGCCUCCCUACAAGCAUUCUGCUCACCUCACACACAGCAUACAGCAACCUGCAUGUUAACAAUGUUGCUACUGAAAUACUCAAGUACCAGGGUCACUUUGCGUCAUAGAGGCUUUGUUGUUAGUGCACGUUUCUACCCCCUGUGUUAAAAUGCAUCUUCAAUGAUUUUGCGCAAUGCGCCGCCCCCCAUUUACCUGUUCGGAUGAAGUCAAGGAGGGAAGUGUUGUCUAUUUAUACACGCUGUACAAGAACCAGCUCUGUAAAGAAGGCAUAUCUGAACAAAUGCAACCAGAAAAGUCACAAACAUUAGACCAAACAGUGUAAAAAAAAAAAAUAAAGGAGCACCUUCCUAUCAACUAUUCUGAAGACAAACACUAGAAAUCUUACAUAUAAACCAUUUAGGUGUGUAUAUAAUUAUAGUUGGAAACAUUCAGGUUGGUCACAGAAAUGUCACAUGGGUCCUACUUAUUUGCAGAUUGUUUUUAACCUUCUUGAAUGUUUUAUUUAAUUAAAGUUUUUUUUUUAAUAACAAUUUCAUAGUGCCAGAUUUACUUAUAUUUAACAAACCAGUGGAAAGCACUUAUUCUAUAUUUUAACCUCAUGUUAUAUUGUGUAAUAUGAUAGCUGGCUUGUGGAUAUCCCUUUAAAAUGCUCAGAGAGAUCCCCAGAGAACUGGAUCAGUGCUCCACCUUCUGGUGUGCCUUUGCAUUGCAUAGACGGGUUCUAUGCUGAGAGGAAAUGCUGUAUAAUGCAUCUGAUGUCAAGUUUAUCUCUAAUGAGCCACAAUAAUAGACCCAUUAAUAAAACUAUAUGUACUUUUAACAACAUACACUGCUUUUACUGGUUAGAUGUUUAGAAGAUACCUUUUGGAAAGAGGGGCUAUAGUUGUGAAAGACAGCUGGGAUUACAAAUGUUGAUAUUUAAGUUAAAGAUGUUGCGUUGACAGUGUCAGAACCGUUUUUGUUUGAAAGCUACAAGUGCCUCUACAGUUGUAGGUAGAACUACAUAACACAGUCCAUGCUUUUCCAGAACAGGUUACUUUUCCAGAACUUAGAGGUUACUUUUAGAAACUAUCCAACAACUUACCAGAUACUUUCCUGGAACUUUCAUAAAACCUACAUAAAACCUUUUCAAGUACUUUCUAGAACAUAACAAGACAUUUCCCAAGUGUUUUAUAGGACUUAAUGGUUACUUUCCCAGCGCUCACUCUGUACUUUCAUUAAAAUGAAGCUUUAUUAUGAAGUGACUUGCAAUUUCUUUGAAACUUGGCUUACUUUUUGAAAGUAACUGCUACAAAAGUCUACAUAAAUUUCACAAAUUAUACCCAGAUACAAGUCGCUAUAUAAUACACCCUGCUUUUGUUAAAGUACUUGGUAAGUUCCUGGUCAAAACCUUGUAGGGUCUAUAAAGGUUCCAGGAAAAUAUGGGUCAGGUUUCAGGAAAGUUUUCAAAAACAACCUCCCAAGUUCCUGGAAAGUAACCUUGUAAAUCCAGGAAAGCGCAGGCUGUAUUGCGUGGUGUUGCUGAAUCAACAACACCUAAGAAUAUUUAAAAGGUUUUUGUGUGAAAACUCACUUCAGUAAUGUACUAAUUAAGUCACCGAUGUUUGAGAUAGAUUUCCAUGUGUAGUUUGCGGUGCCAUGUCUGUGCAUUUUCUUGAAAUCCAGAUAAGAUUUAGUCACUAAAAUAAAUUUCUUACCAAUGUUGAAACAGGUGUGUACUGUGCAUAGGACCUAAUAUCCAGGUUUUACCAGGUUUAAAAUGAUGAUGUUAAAAACUAUAUUAAAAUACUUUAUGGUAUGAUAGAAUUUAAGACGUAAAAACUAGUUUUGGUGAAAUGUAAUUGUGUGGUUAAACCAUCACAGCAGCCAGACUGACUUGUUUCUUUUAAGAGAACAGUUUCUCUCUUGUGUAUUUGUAAUUUUUAAGACAUCUUUCAGUUCUGUAUCUUGCAAACUUUACCUUUUCAAGUUACUUUUUGUUUUCUCUUUUUUUUUUUCUCGCUUCAGUCAUUUUUACACUUCAUUAGUUGAUAAUAAAAUGAGUACACAUGAAUAUUUUUCUAGUUUAGGGCACUUAAAAUGUAUUCUAUUAUAUUUUACGAUGAAUGUAAUUUAUUAGACUGACUUUGGAUCUGUUCAGUUCCUUUAAAAACCUUGACUUCUAGUUUCAGCCUAAUACAAUAAAAGAAUCGCAUUAAAGGAGAAAUCGAAAGCAUUCAGUCCUUGUUACUGCCUUGUUACCUGAACGAGACAGCGAAUGUCUAAGCAAGGCUUUUGAGUUGCCUGUUGUGUGCAGAAGUGCAUUGUACCAGUUAUACAAAGAGGCUAAAACAGUUGGUCAUUUUAAUGACGAUAUUCAAAUUAUUUGUACAGCACUUCCAUUUGAAAUGUUACAGCAUGCUUCACUUGAGUAAGUUAGAGGAACUGGUUCAGAAUGAAAUGUGUGACAAAUACUGUAUGUUAAGAUGUUUCUCUGGAAGUCAGGAGCAAAAACUAAACGCAGAGCUUUUCAAUAUUAUUCAUGUCCCCUGACAUUUUCUUUAAAAUAUUGUUAUUUAUCUUAAAACCACAAAAUUCGGUGAAUCCUGCAGGUGUUUUAUUUGAUAAACCCAACAGUACUGCAUAAUUAUGAAGUGGCCAAAAAAGAAAGAAACAUAGCUACUCUGAUGUGCAUAAAAUAACUCCGGCGUUGCCACUAGGCCUCAGAGGCCCAUUAUAAGUGGAGACGCUGCAGAGAAUCUGAUCGACAGCAAAACUAGUCUUGAACUCCCCAAAUUUGGCAUUUAUCAGAGUGAUGGACAGUGGACAGACAUAAGAUGUACAGUUAGCAGUAUCCUAUGACAUAGAGGAAGGUGGUUUGGUCAGAUGAGAACAGAGUUCAACUGUUUGGCUUUCAUGCAUAGUCGUAAAAACCAAACUCUUACACAAAACACUUUAAGCCAUACUUUUUACCCAUUUUCGGCGUCUUGUUUUGUGAACGGAUCAGGGAAGCUAGCUUGGGGCGGAAGUUAACCCACCGCUGUCACAUCUCUGAGACACCGUGGGAAGUCGUCGCAGCAUCGUAUCGGCUGACUUAUGUGGGGCGUGCCGGCUUUCAGGCUCAAGGGGGAGGAUGUAGCACUGUAAGUCGGCCUGUGCGGCCAGCCGGCCUGCAGAUUUACAGCAUUUAUGCAUGUAAAUAGUACAAUACUGAUAAGGCGCCACUGUAUGUAACCACUAAGUACAGAAGAUGUGGGACAAUCAUUGUUAAAUUUACGCUCCAUGCUGCCUUCAGAUCCGUGAAGCCGGCUUUUUUUUUUUUGCUUUUUUUUUCUUCAAAAAAAACUCCUUUCUUGAUUUGUGAUUUAUGAACGGUGGUUUGUGCUGGUUUAUGACAUAAAUGCUUCUUUGUGAAAGAGGAUUCUAACUCAGCACUUUGCACUGAACACAUAAUCUGCACGUGAAACAUUGCUGUGGCAGCGUCAUACGGGGGGGGGGCGGAGCAAAUGGAGGGUAAUCCUGGAAUAAACCUCGUUAGACGCUGCCACAGCUCUGAGACUGUAGUUGAGGAUAUAUUCCUGCGCUAGAAUUUCCCAGUCUAAGUCCAGACCUAAAUCUAAUUGGAACGUCUGCGCCACUUCACGAUUAUGCCCAAUUUUGUCUUUGUCUAUUACAAGAAAUGCAUAAGAAAUACUUUGAAGUUUGCUGUGGUAAUGCAACAAAAAUGUAAAAAAGAUAAAUACAUUGGCUAGGAACUAUAUCUGCAAAUGUUUUACUAGGUUUAUCUACAGCACCAAACAGUCCACAGCGGACCAAAACACAAAAACCUGCGUACAUAGACCCCAAAAUCAAUUAUCUUGACAGUGUAAAACACAUGAGAGACGUAAGGAAGAUAGGACCGUUUUUUCCUUUUUAUUUAGCCUUGGAAUGUAAAGGAUAUUUGUGAAUAUUUGUGUUACUUUUAUGGACUAAGAGCUUAGGAGGAACACACAUGGAGCUGUUUUAGUGUUGGAUAUUCAAGACACGAGGAUUUGGACAGUAAGAAUGUUCAGUCUUACUGAAAGAAACACUUUCUCUUCAGCACUUUGGCAACUGUCAAACGACUAAGAAGAUUUAUUUGUGAUCUCUGCCUUAUCUUUUAUCUAUCCUGAGUUUGUGUUUCUUCUGAGAAUAUUUGACAGAUGUUUCUGUUAAUGUUAAAUAAGUUUAGAGUUUGAAAGGGUAGUCAAAGAUUGUAUUAGCAACCCAAAUGAUUUGCUCAAAUGUCUGACGUUUGAUUGAACUGAUCAGCCUGGCAUAGAUUCAAUUAAAGCGUUAGCCAUCUCUUAAAGCAGCCACGCUGGCGCGACCAGGUCACAUCCUGGUGGGAGUUGUUUGUGCAUAAUUAUACAUUUCAUGUGGACAGUUUUGUUCAUGUAAAUUUAAAAUUGUGUAAAUUCUGAGUUAUUGCAAAUAAAGUAAUGUCACAAACAUUCAA